ACGCCCAGGUACCAUAUGGUACAGGGAUCGUGACGUCACUAGGUCACCUGCACCGCAAAUAACGACCUUGAAACAUUCUACCCUUACGAGGCCACGCACUGACUUUCCUCAACUCUGUCCAGAAUCCAGAUUCUAUCGUACGACGGCCAGAUCCUAUCGUACGAUGGCUUACAACGGGAAGGCGAUAUCGGGGAUCGGGUGGACUCUCGUAGCUCUCGGUACAAUUAACAUCAUUCUCGGGAUCACGGCGGUUGCCAUGUUCGCAAGCAAGGACAGAGCUCCCGUGGCGCAUCUGAUCGGUGCUCCUAUCUGGAGCGGAGCGUUCGUACUAGCCACCGGGGUGGUAGGGGUGUUCAGCGGAAGAAAGCCUACCAACAAAUGUUGGAUUGUGGCCCUUCUUGUUAUGGGAAUCUUGGCUAUCAUAUUGGCUGUUACGUGCUUCAGCUUCGCAAUCAUUGGAGCUGUCGUGGAUGAAGGACAGUGCUACAACUACGUAUACGGUGGAGACGAUCAACACGGUGGCAUCACCAUCAUACCUUGUGGACCUUCUGUUGUCGCCCUACACGCUACGAAUGCUAUUCUAGCUUUUGUUGAGGUUGUGUUGGGGUUUGUGGUGUCCAUUAUGUGUUGUUGCGGUUGUUGUGGCCUGCCUGCAUCACAGGGUAACAACGCUGCCCCAACGGUUCUGUACAAUCAAGGUGCAGUACCUGGCGGUUUCGUAAUGAUGCCCACUGGCGCUGUUGGAACUCAACCUAUAGGAACUCAGCAGAUUUUCAUCGCUCAGGAUCCAAACGGUGCACAGGUGCCGGUACAGGUGUAUUACACAGGAACUCCACAGCCGUAUCACCUGCAGUAUGCACCUGCGACUACAGGAGGCGCAAAUGCACCGCCCGCAGAAACUCAAGUAGAUGGAGCGAAUUAAUGUUUAACUAAACAUUAAAUUUGCUUGUUGUAGUUACAGACAGGAUGUUUGAACACCGAUUCAGUCCGUUUGCUGUGUUAUUUCAUACCGUUCGUUCAGGUGUGCACGUACACCAUGUAUAAUUGGGAAAAUUCAUACACUGGACGGUGUUUGUUUGUCA